UAUUAGUACACCGUCGCGUUUGUGCACAACAAUUUUCCAUACACAUUUUUCGCUGAUUAUUUCAAAAAUUUUCCAAGUAUUUUCUAUUUGAUUGUGAUGGAAGAUGAAAAUGGUGAUCGUGACAGUUGCAUGGGCAGUGAAUUUGAUGCAUCCCAAUCACAAGUCAACCAAUUAAGUUUGUUGAAGUACAGCUUCAAGCGUAUUACGGCCAUAUCAAAAUAUCGAAAAUGUUUCAUGAAAAAAUUGCAUGAGCUGGAAGAUGAUGUCAACACAAUGCAUGAAUUCGACAAGUAUUUAGACGGUGUUUUGCGUUGGACACAGAACUACAUUGAUUCGGGUACCGACAUCGAAAAGAAAUUGGCAAAACAAAUAAAAAAUGAGCUUGUCAAAGAUGCAAAUGGCAUUCGUGCAUGCGUUGAAUGCUUUGCAAAGUGGAAAAAAGACCGAACGGAUUAUUUCAAAGAAGCAUGCAGUCCACCACAUUUGAUUGUUUUCGCAAAAUUUGCCAACUAUCGCUGUUGGCCCGCCAAGGUGAUGACUGUAUUGGAUCAUGGUGUGAAUGUUGAAUUUUUCGGUGAUCACUCCCAGGCCGAUGUCGCUGAAUCGGACUGCCAAUUGUUCUCGGAAAAGGCAUCGAAGAAGGGCAAGAGCAAAUCAUUCAAUGAAGCUAUUGAUGAGCUCGAAGCACACAUUGAAUGUAUCAAGAAUAGGUUUGGUUCCUUUUAUCCGGCCAAAUUUCGAACGCAGCUGAGCGUGCACAAUAUAAAACAACAAUUGAGAGAUAUGAUUCCAGGUGCAUUUCUUGAUGCUGAAUUACCCAGUCCGAUUAGUAUUGACCCAUCCGAACCGAAUUGCCCGACAGAAAGUUCAUCAUUGGAUGUGCCACUGCUUGACGAACUAAACGCCGAACAACACAUUGAAUCCGGUGGUCUUCGGGGUCGCAAACGCCAUGCUACGAACGAUGACAUCGACGAUGUCAUUCCGAAUAAAGUUACUAUAUUCGAUGACGAAUCGUCAGAAGAAUGUCCCAUCGAACUUCGACGACGAUUGACCGAGGCCAAUCGAGUAAUUGAUUCAUUGACGCAUGAGAAUGAGGAAAUUAAAAAUGAAAUUGAGGCGUUGAAGAAACAAUUGCUCUAGGGAUGCCGCGAAAAUAAUGAAGACGACGAAUAGACACAAACCAACUCGCUCGUUACUUUUUUUUAGAAAAAAAAAUGUAAAAUUAUUUCGGAAUUUUUACAUUUCCGCAUACCUAGUAUGGGAAAGGUAUUUUAAUUAAUUUUGAUCAAAUCAAUCAUACAAUCUAUUUAUAAAAAAUAGAAAAUUCACAAUAAAUUCCACAAUUCACUGAA